UGUUCUGCCGCCAUUAAUUUGAGUGCAGAGAGAGAGAGAGAGAGAGAGAGAGAGAGGGCUUCGGAGAUUGAGGGAGAUCUGUGGGAAAUGUUGGAAUCAAGCAGAUGAGUAGAAUCUCGAGGGGAUAUCUUCCAGCUGGGAGGAAUGCUCCGGCUGGAGCAGUGGCGGUGCCGUCGUCGCUGCUCCGACGGGGAAAAGGGCUCGCCGGUGUUCCAUCCGGCGAAGGCGAAGAGAUCUUGGAUCUGUUCUCCAGGACGCGCCGGGGCUACGCGAUCUCUUCUUCUGGCGAAUCUGAUGUGCUGAAUAGAACGGAAAAGAAGGUUUCCAUUGGAUUGACUAAAUCUGGGAGGAGCGCUGCAGAGGAAUUCUUAUCGGCCGAAAUUGGAAAACACGACUACGAUUGGCUCCUUACUCCUCCAGGGACUCCUCUUUUUUCUUCAGUGGAUUCUACCGACCACCAACCGCCAGCAUCUUCUCAAAGAAGCAGCUCCAAUAUCAGAUCGGUCUCACUUGUAAAACCCUCAAGGCUUUCAGUACCUCAGUCUGAGAACAGCAGCCCCGGCCCAAGAAUAGCCAGAAGCAGCUCAACCACACGCGCCUCUUUCUCUACCAGCAGCAGAACUCCCUCUUCGGUCCUCAACACCAGUACAGCAUCAGUGAACUCUCGCCCCACCACCCCGGGCAACAAGCCCCGAACUCCUGCCACCACCGGCCUGCGACCUGCCAUGUCCCGGUCAACCACUCCUGCGAGGACACGACCAAAUGCCAUCAACCCUGCCGCUGAAAAACCGAAGCCCAUUGCACAAAUCUCACGCCCCUCGACGCCGCCCACCAGGGCUCAAUUCCCUGCCUCCUCGAUGUCAACCUUCAGCUCAAAUUCUACGCAGGCUCGCACGGGCAGCCGACCUUCAACUCCAUCACGCCGGUUGCCAUCUCCUUCCCCCAAUUCUCGCCCGAGCUCUCCUGCUAGAAGCCGAACUCCAGUGCAGCCAAUUAUUCCCCCCGACUUUCCUCCUAAUGCACCGCCCAAUCUGAGAACUAAGGUGCCAGAGAGACCUGUCUCAACUGGGAGGCAAAGACCAGCAAUGGAGCUUACUGUGCGGGGCAAUUCAAAUGUGGAAGUGGCGGGAAGUGGGGUUAGCUCUUCAAGGAGGGCAUCAUCACCGGCGGUGACUCGGGGACGGUUUGCUGACAAUCCAGCAAAGGGCAGAGUGAAUGGGAAUCGAGAUGGAUUGAAGCUGACAGAAAAUCAAAAACCAGUGGCACCAGAGAAGAAGCCUGUGAAACCUGCUCUGGGAGGGGAAACUGGCGGCGGUUAUGGCCGCACCAUGUCAAAAAAUUCACUCAACAUGGCCAUCAAGCAUAUGGACAUUCGGCAAGGCAUGAGCGGCAUGCGAGGCGCCUCCCUCUUCCCUCACAGCAUUCGCUCGACCGCCAGCGCCACCGCCACUGCCACUGCCACCACCGCUUUAAAAGACCGGCCGGUUUCAAGAGCCGAGCCUCCACCCUCCACGCACAAGAACAGAAUCACAGACUAUAACAGUUACAGCAAUGAACUGAUGCCCAAAAACUACAAUGAAGGUUCCUCUGAGAGUGAAGAGUUGAAGCCUACUUUACUAGAAUACGUACCAGCGAAAACAAUUGAUAUGAAAUUCUAUGGAAGCUCCAGGUAUGAUUCAAUCCUUCUUAAAGAGGAUGCAAGGAGUUUGAAUUGGCUUCAAAGCCUUGAUGAAAAGCCUGAUGAGAGCCAUUUGUUUGAUCGCAGAUUUGAUCCAUUGCCUGAGCCUUUCAUCCUUCUGUAACAAACACCAAUUACCUCCUGUAAAUCUGUAGCCACCUAUUGAUUCCUCUGAUCUGAUCUGUGCUUUUUUAUUGAAUGAGAAUAAGAUCCUUGAUGUUUUGAAUA